ACUACAUAACCCGCGAACAGGCAUACUGGGCAUAUCAGCCCUCGUUUCCAAUUUCGAGGGCCUGAUCGCAGGUUACAGUAGUCGAUUUAAUUAAAAAAAUUUUAAAACUAGAAAAAGAUAGCAAGAAAGGAUACUGUAUCAUAAUGAAAAUUAAUGGUUGUGCUGCAAUUGUUACCGGAGGUUGCCAGGGAAUAGGCAGAGGAAUUGUUUAUGCUUUACUUCGGAAAAAUGCGAAGGUUAGUAACUAGACUCCUAGUAGCCCAAAUUAGCAUCUAAUUAAAAUGACUAAUUUUGUAUUUAAAUAUUUAAUAUUUCGUGUGAACAUGGGUUGUAAAAUAACACAGUCCAUUAUGUAAAUAACUGGGUUUUUUACAUGAAGAAAGCAUGACCCCUUUAAUGCAGCAUGUCCACAAAACAUACUGUUUUCAGAGUCCAGACAGUCCAGAUUUAAGUCAAGUAUAAUUAUAUAAGUCAACUAAGUGUCAAACAAAACAAAAAAUCCCCAAAAGAAAUGGGAAAUUUUUUCUUUUAUUCACUGGUGGAUAAAAGUAAAUUAUUUAAAGUCCAUCUCUCAGAGCUGUUGCUAGGAGACAGUAGAAUUUUGUGACUUUCAUGUGACGCUCUCAUCCAAUGAGACGCAAGAAAACAUGAACUUGAUACUUGAGCACAGAAUAGAUACUGGACCAGAAGUGUCACUCAGACGAUAUUUUGUCCGAAAUUUCACGAGUGCUGACGUGAAAAUAUGCCAUCAUAUGACGCCAUCCUGGCCAUGCACACGGAAGUUUUCCGCAUAGGAAAACAUAGGUACAAAAUGCUGUGUGCACUCCAGGAUGGCGUCAUAGCACGUAAAAAAUUUUGGACGUUUUCUUUCAGCCAAAACACAUAGAAGUGUCCCUUCUGGUCUGGUAUCUAUUCUGUGACUUGAGAUUGAAAUAAAAUUUAAUCAAUUUGUUCGUUGGUCGCACAACACAUACACAGGGCUCCAAACAGGAAAAACAUAUGGUCUGCCAAAUUUAUUUUUUUUGGCAGGUCAAAUAAAUGAUGGUCUGCCAAUUCUAUUUUUGAACUGCUCACUCACGUAUGAUGGCAAACUAUCAAAAAUGGUAAACUGCAAAUUGCCUGUCAUGUUAUUUUUGACUUGGCAGGUCAAUUUUUUUUUCUCUUGCCAUUUCUGAACUAUGCGGCCAUUGGCAGCUAGGCCGCUAUUUUUGAGCCCUGCACACACACCAACAGACAUAGAAACUCGGAUGAAAACGAAACCUCCUAGCAGAACUAAACAGCCAAAAAGUUUGCACAUAAUAGUUUACUACUGUACGUGGCUUACCCGUAGUAGGUAACUCAUCUCCAAGACCCCUCUCAAGUGUAUCUGAAAAUAAGUCCUAGGGCCAAGGAUAAGUAAUAACAUGGUAUAUAUACCUUGUCAGGUUGCUGUACUGGACAUCAAUGAUGUGGCUGGUAAGGAACUGGAAAAUAAAUUAAAAAAUGAAUUUGGCAAUGAUAUGGCAUAUUAUACUCAUUGUGAUGUCUCAAAUAAAAGUCAACUCACAGGUGAAUAAAUUAACAACCAUUUAUCAAAUAUUUUUAUGCAAAUUAUUCUGCUCAUUUCGGCUGGAUUGAACAGUGAAGUAUUGUCCACAUUUUGAAGUAUUAUCCGGCUUCCGGUUAUCGAGUUUAGAAAUAAAUAGAACUGUGUGUUGUAAAUACACUAUUGUAGCAUUUUUUCUAUUUUAUUUUGAGAAAUUAAAUUGAUUGUUUGUAAAAUCUAAUUUUAUAUAUAGAUGCGUUUCAUAAUGUGAGAAGAAGGUUUAAUGGACUUGAUAUCGUUGUAAACAAUGCUGGUACUAUGAGCAAUGAUUGUGACAUAGGUGUUGACAUUAAUCUGGUAAGUUGACCUUUGUGUAUAGAAGGAUUUCAUAUCAGUUCACAAAGUCAAAAUUAUAAAGCCUGUGGAGCUCAUUCCUUUUAUUUAAUCACGUCAUGUAUUUAAAUGUAGUCACUCUAAGCUACUGGCCCUGUUCUCAUUUGAAAUUCAUUUUUUUUCAGAAAUCUGUCAUAAGAGGUACAAUGCUUGGUAUUGAUAUGAUGGACAAAAAUUCUGGGAAUGAAGGAGGUGCAAUUAUUAAUAUUGCAUCCAUGUCUGGUGAGUGUUUACUUUUUUGCUCAGACUGGAAAAUGAAGUUAUAAAAUGACGACCUUUCUGUAUAUAUUUCUGGAGGUUUUUAGUGUCACAAAGCAACAUUUCACCAUUGUAUACUCUGGGUGCAACAACUUAACUACAAUGAUGCCCACUUAAGGUGGCUCUCCACAGUUUCUAGGGAGCUGAGAAAACUCAAUUUUUUCCACAAGCCUUUGUUUCCUAGUGUAUAUCAAAGAGUAAUUCUAUGUCGUACGUAGAGUCUUUCUACGUCAAGAAUUGUACAUCGUAUGUAAUACGUCGAGUCUUGUGUUUAAUAAGUUCUCACACAGGCCUCGAUAACAUUUUUUGUGCCUGCGAGCGAAAUUCAAAAUGUGCCUGCAAAAACACAUCUUAUUUAGAUUUUGUGACCUAAAUAUUGUUAAAAUGUCAGUAUUUUAAAAUGUGCCUACAAAAAUGUAAAAGGUGCCUGCGAGCGGCGACGCUCGCGCAUUUUAUCGAUGCCUGUUCUCACGCAACAUUUAAACAAUUGAUUUAAUGUUGUUUUUAAAGGUCUUAUUCCUCUCUCACUUGGGCCAGUAUACACAGCAACCAAAGCAGGUGUUGUGGCAUUCACAAGAUGUUUUAAGGUAAGAUUUUGUUUUCUUGAUCCUUUUGCAAAUUUGAAUAAAUUCUCCUUGCCAAGUUUUAUCUCAGACAAAUUUUUUAGGGCUUAUCGUAACCAGGGCAAAAUUUUCCUAGGGCAUAUAACAUCUUAAAACUUUCCCAGGGGCCCCUUUGAUGUCAUAAGGGAGUAGUCAUUAUUUAUGGGGAGGGGGGGGUUGGGAAAUGGGGAAAAUAAGGAUUAAAAACUUUUUUGACCCCCCCUGCAGACUGAAGGCAAAAAUUUUCAUGUCCGGUACAAUGUACUGUACAAAGUACACGUCUGCUAAAAAUUUGGACUCAAAAAUUUAACUGCAGUGACUCAAAUUGAUAAGCAAAUUUACUCAUUUUUUGUAGUAAAGAAAUCCUUACUCCAACAAGUAAGUGAAUUCGAAACUUUGAGUAAAUUUUCUCCUAAAUUUGAUUUUAGUUUUGAGUCACUGCAUAUGGGAGCACAUUCACGUUUUAAGUAAAAAUUUAGGACGACAUAUGUGAAAAAGCAAUGAAUGUCCAGUUUUUACUUUCACUCGUUUGUCUUAGGCGGCUGCCCAAGAGCAGGGAGUGAGAGUGAAUUGUAUCUGCCCUGUGUUCGUGCAAGGUACCGACAUGGUUAACGACUCAAUUGCUGCUUCACCAGUAUUCCGGAAUAUUACUCAAAAAGUUGGUUUUGUUACGUAAGUUGGAUUGUUAUUUAUUUACAGAUUACUGACAUUUCAGGAAAUCUUACAUUGUUGUUUUUGGUAAUUUCACAACCGUAAAACCAUCUAAAGAUUUGCGAUGACAAGAGAUUAGGUGUGCUUCGAAGUUGGCAUACAUUUCUAUUUUCUAAUCAACUUCAACAUUAAGGAUAACAUGUAAUUUUAGACUGACAAUAAAAAUUUAUCAUAUGUCAUCAAACGAAACUUCUUUGACAAAUACAAUAUAGCAGGGAGGUAUAUAAAUGAAUGAUAUCGACUUUGUAAUAGUUUGUUUGGGCUGUUUUCUUUUAAGGGUUGAUAUGGUGGCGGAUGGAGUGAUUAAAACCAUCGAAGAUGAUUCCUUGGCAGGAAAGGUUGUGACAGUGAGCCCGCAAAGUGGUAUCAAAACCUUCAAGUUUCCUAUGGCGAAAAUGUAAUUUUAGUUUAUGUUUACUUAUACAAUAAAACUCUCCAGAAUGUAACACGAUAACACCAUAUUUUAGAUUUAUAUUUCCUUGAUUUCAUUUUUAUUCACGGACAGACAAAAACUUUUUUACGCCAAUGUCAUCACUACCUAUAGCCACCUGCGCAGCCGUUGUUACUACCCUAGAUAUAGGAAACCCGUUACUACCCUCCUAACGCGCCUCCUUCCAUUUAAUAUCCGACUCCCCCUCCCCACUUUUGGCAUAAUGCUGUUUCCCAGAGUCACUUUUUCUUUAAAACCAUGUUUCCCACACCAGAUUACAUGUUGAAAGCCUGAUUCCGAAAUAGGUCACUUUUAAGUAACCCCGCCCCACCGACUCCCAACUAUUGACUAUCCAUCCGAUUCUUCUAGGUAAAAUUUUGACAAAACCUCAUCCGUCCUGGGGGCGCUAUAAAACUCUUUCGAGAGUCAUCGACAGACCGGGGACUUCAACCAGAAAUAAAACGAAAACAUUUAAAAGACAUGAUUCAUGAGAUAAGUAAAAUUUAUUCUAAUUUUAUGUCUGCACUAUAAUUUUAAAACUAUAAUUUUAAAACUAUCGCUUUUAUACUGGUCUUUUGCGCGCGACUCCGAAAUCCGGCCAACGGCCAACCGUAGUGUAAUUUAUAUUGAAGAACGGGCAAGGAUCAUUUGCAUACCGCUUCAGUGCUAUGAUAGCCAUGUGAAAAUGUGCUUUAAAAUUCCCCUGAGCCAAACCUAUCUCCC